AUGACUACAAUCUACACCUCCGAUAUCAAGCAUCAUAGAAGAGCACCUCCACCGCCUUCUCAAGCCACUGAAAGAGAAAUUAAAUUAAGCAUCAACUCCAGUAGUAAGAGACAAAGUGGAUGGGUUCAUAUUAAAGAUGAUGGGAUCUUUACGUCUUUCCGGUGGAAUAAACGAUUUAUGGUUAUCAAUGAUAAGACGUUGAACUUUUAUAAGUCUGAUAACACCCUUAAUGUGCUGCCAGAUUUAUCGUUCCCUCUUAAUUUAAUUCAUUCCAUUAACCUAAAGAAUAACACCGGCUAUACCAAAAACUCCUACAGUUUUGAAAUCAUUCCCAAGAAUAAUAACAACAAGCCUAUCCUCAUUUCCAUCAAACAUAAUAACGACUACUUAGAUUGGUUGGAUGCAUUUUCCACCAAAUGCCCUUAUAUAAAUGUCAACUCGUCGUCUAGCUCGUCAAGUGUAGUGGAAAAUUUGGGCAGCUUGAAUAUUGGGGAGUCCUCGUCCAACCAGGUGUCUAACCCCAUCAACUUCACACAUAAGGUUCACGUUGGGUUUGAUCCAGCCUCGGGAAACUUCACAGGUUUGCCAGAAACAUGGAAAAGUUUGUUACAACAUUCCAAAAUCACCAACGAAGAUUGGAAAAAAGACCCGGUGGCUGUCAUCGAAGUAUUGGAGUUCUAUUCCGACAUAAAUGGAUCCAAUGCAAAUACCCCGAUCAAUUCCCCGUAUCUAAACCACCUUAAGGGACCUGGAACUAGCAGCUUUGCUAACUUGACCCAACCUCCGAAGAACUUUAAGCCCACCAGGCAGGCACCCAAACCACCUGUGCCGUACCAUUUGUCUAAGGGUAACGAGACCGCAGGUGGUGCUGGUACUACGGCUACGGUUUCACCUUUGAACAAUCUUUUGAACAAUUCAGGCUCAAGCACCAAUAUCAAUAAUCCUACGUUGGCUCCUAUCAGAAGGGCCCCCCCUCCACCUAGAGAGAAGGUGGGCCAGUUGCCUUUGGGUUCCUCUUCGGUUGUUCCUAAGCAACAGCCUCCUACUUUACCAGGUGCCACUAAACCCAGCCAGUUCAAUGUAAAGAACCCUCCACCUCAAGUCCAAGUACAACCUCUGCAAAAGCAGCUGCAACAAAAAAGCCACUAUGUCACCAAACCUGUGUCUCCAGAGUCUCAAAUGCAGAAGCCGGCACCUUCAGACUAUCCUCACAAGGCCCAUGCUCAGCAAGAGACUGUUUUGGAAAGUAACGAAACCAAACCGCUUCAGAUCAAGCCUAAGCAGAAAUCUGCUAAGCAGUUAAAGCGUGAAAAGGAAAGGCUCAAUGAGAUGCAAAUUCUCGCCAAGUUGAAGACGGUGGUGAACAGUAACGAUCCAACCCCAUUGUUUAAAAUCAUUGAAAAAGCUGGACAAGGAGCUUCUGGAUCGGUGUACUUGGCCGAGAUGGUAUCCAACCAGCAAAAAGUGGCCAUUAAGCAGAUGGACUUGAAUGUGCAACCACGGAAAGAAUUGAUUAUCAACGAAAUUUUGGUGAUGAAGGACAGUCAACACAAAAACAUUGUGAACUUCUUGGACUCCUACUUGAGAUCCAGCAAUGACUUAUGGGUUAUCAUGGAAUACAUGGAAGGAGGAUCUUUGACAGAAAUCAUCGAUAACAACGAAAACAAACUCACAGAAUUGCAAAUUUCUGUGAUUUGUCGAGAAACUUUGUUGGGAUUGCAGCACUUGCACAAGAAACAUAUUAUUCACAGAGAUAUCAAGAGUGAUAACGUCUUAUUGGACUCCAGGGGAAAUGUUAAGAUCACUGACUUCGGCUUCUGCGCAAAGUUGACCGAUCAGCGUAACAAGAGAGCAACCAUGGUGGGAACUCCAUACUGGAUGGCUCCCGAAGUGGUUAAGCAAAAAGAGUAUGAUGCCAAGGUUGAUGUGUGGUCCCUAGGAAUCAUGACUAUUGAAAUGAUUGAAGGGGAGCCACCAUACUUGAAUGAAGAACAAUUGAAAGCUCUUUACUUGAUUGCAACAAAUGGAACUCCCAAAUUGAAACAUCCCGAGUUCUUAUCGACCCUGAUCAAAAAAUUUUUGAGUAUCUGCUUGUGUGUUGAUGUAAGAUACAGAGCCACCACUGAUGAGUUGGUCAAGCACAGUUUUGUCAACAAUAACGGUACAGUUGAAGAUUUGGCUCCGUUGUUGGCGUGGAAAACCAGAAUCUGA